ACUAGCCAUGAUUUCGCAUCGGACACCGUAUAACGGCCUUUAGCAUUUUUACCCGCGCACAGGCGAACAAUUUGAUAACAUGAAAGAGCCUCUGUAGUUUACAGAUGAAGCAGACUUGAUAGACCUGCUAAGAUAACAUGCAUACAAUUAAACAGACAGGUGAUUGGCUUAAAAACAAUCACAUACAUGUGAAUGAUGAUUGGUUGAAGGCUUGUGUGGAAUGGAUACAAGAAGAGAACCAGGGACAAGGGUUGACAAAUGAUGAUAUAAAUUCUCAAGUGUACGAACAAUGGUUGUUGGCAGAUCUUCACGAGUUAGAGACAUGCUGUCUUCCAGGGGAGAUCACUACAUCACAGAAAUUUGAAUUGAUUGGAACUUACGCUUUACAGAUAGACAGUAUAGUUGAUGUGGGUGUUUCAUUCUACUCUCAGCAACAAAAACUUAAAGGCACAGAGAAUGCUAAUGUACAUGUAAAUGCUGAAGAACCCACUCAGAGACCUUGGGAGGCCAAACCUUCAAGAAUGUUGAUGUUUAAGCUAACAGAUGGGACUCACAAUGUACAAGGUAUGGAGUACAGACCUAUCUCAUGCCUCAGCCCACAGACUACACCAGGAGCCAAGAUUUUGGUACAUGGAAAUGUUCUAUGUCGUCACAGUGUGCUAAUGUUGACAGACAGUAACAUCAAGUUCCUAGGUGGAGAAGUAGAUACACUGGUGGAAGCUAACACUGUGUUAAACACAUUACAGUCAGCUAUGGCAGCCAGUGAAGAAUAUGCAGGAAAAGAACAUAAACAAACAUUUGCUGGAACUCCCAUAAGGCAUUGUAAACAGCCGGUCACAAGUAAUCAAGUUAAUCCAGGAAACCAGUCUAGGUCAUGGGGCAAUUCUAGAGGCAGUGGGAACCAGUUUUUCACAGAAAUCCAUCAACCUGUUUCAACGUCAAAGACUGUCUCCGGUUAUGAUGAGUUGUUAGAUGAUGACAUGGAUAGUCUUAUGCAGGAAAUGACAGAUGACGACUUCGAAACAAACUAUCAGAAUAGAAAUUCGAACAAUCAAGUCUUGUCAAAUAACCAAUCAGCUUACCAGAAUCUUAAUACUAGUGGUUCAAGACAAGUUACUGCUGUUCAGAAUAAGAGUAUGAAAUCAUCAAACAGCAGGAGUGAUGCUGGUAUUGCAAGUAGAAUUCAGAUGACGUCGUCCAGUGUCUCGGCUAAUCAGACAUCUGCAAGAGCUCCAGGGACAAGAGCUGUUUUGACCAGUGAAGAUCUGGUUGCAAUGGAAUUUGAAGAUGACAUGGACUUUCCGUCAGACGAUUUUAUGACUUCUUCCACUGUUUCUUUCCAACAAAGCAAUCAGAAUUCAAAUAACCCAUCAGUUGCUGGAGCAAGUGCUAAAAAUAGUAACAAUAAAACCCAAAGUCAUUUUAUGAAACAAAAUUUUGGUGAAAAGAAAAGUUAUGCUGGAAUGGAAUGUCAGGUUAGUAAUUCCAGCAGUUAUAUGAACCAAAAUAAACAAACAAGCUCCAGUGAGUCUGGGAAGGCAAACAGUUCUAUUAAUCUAAUGGAUGGUUCCCAGCCUGUUAUGUUAAACAAUGUGGAUAUGACAGUUAAUAUAUCCAACAAAGGAGUUAAUCUUUCAAUCAAAAGCCGGAAUCAAGUCUCAAAAUCAGGUGCAUCAAAAGAGGCAAAUAGAAAUACAGAUUCUAAAUUUGGACUAUCAAAGAUAAAAUCAGAAGCUAAAAAUAGGGAAGUUGGGGGAACCGUUAGUUCAAAUAUAGGUGGCCAGUCUUGUCAAAGUUCUAUACAGAGCUUCCUUACACCAAAUAAAGAAAAAACAGAACAACCAGUUAAAGAAAGCAUUGGAACAGAUAUACAGACAGAGUACCCAUUUACUUACCUCAGUAAAGUAAUGUCUCUACCUGUACAAACAGAGCCAUCUUAUCACACUGUAAAGGCAUAUAUAUCCACAUUAACUAGUAGGCUGUCUAGUGCAGAAGGAAAGUGGACACUAUCUUGUAAGAUUAAUGAUGGAACAAUGGCAGUUGAUGUUGAUCUGUCUAACAAUGUCCUCACAGAAAUGAUAGGGUUCUCAUGGAAGGAGGCACAGGAGAUGAAACUUAGAUUAAAAACAGAUCCAGGUGUGAAAGAAGUCCUUACUGAGGGAAUCCAGCAGUGCCAGCAAAAACUGAUAGAAUUAAUGUGUCUUUUAGAGCUAGAGAUUUGUUCGAGGAACACACGCCCUGUUAUAGUUGCUACCAAACAGUUGACUUCUCACCAUAUUGACAUGCUGUAUAACAGAGUGAUGGCAAAUUGGAACACAAAGUCAUGAGAAUGUUACGUUGUUUAUGUUGUGGGUUAUGUUUUCGUAAUUGUUUCGAAGAUAUUUCAUUCAUUAAAUGUUGAAAGUUUG